CUCAAAAAAAAAAAAAAUUGGUCAUUUAAAAUUACCUUUUCAUAUCAAAAAAAAAAAUUACCAUAAUUUUUAAUUUUUGAUAACAAAAAAAUAUGCAAUUAUUUAUUGGAAUAUUUAUAAGUUUUGUAAAAAUUGUCACACAGUGAAAUAUAUUUUGAAAAGCAUUUUCAAGAAAACUGAACACAAGUGGAAGGAUUUUUCUACGUUGGAAGAAAAAUAACAGUUUAUCUUAUGUAAAGAGAAAAGCAUGAGUUACAACUUCACGGUUAAAGUUUACGUUUCUUGUGUGAAAGUGCAUAUAACUUGCUCAAGGAUCGAGAAUACAUAUAGUGACAAUCGUGCGAAAAGUUUCGUGUGGCGAUUACGGUAAAGUUUCACCAUCGAUGGAGUUUUGGUAUCGUUUACACAUUGGUGCAAAAGUUAUCAUCAUGUCAGUGUGUUACACGUGCAUAUUAUAUGUUUGCAAGUGAACAUGUUUUAAAGUGUAAGUGUCGCCUUUUGGGAAAGUUAUACUAACGACUAUAACGUCUCUCUCCCUCUCUCUCAAUAUAUAUAUAUAUUUAUUAUUCGAAGGGCAUAAAUGUCACAUCAUAAACUAUCCAGCUUGUGGAGCGUACACAGAUUUAAUUAAGGACUAUACUCGUGAAAAGCCACACACUAUAUAUAAAAAAAAGUGCAGAGAAAAAGUGAAAGAGAUUUAAUGAUAAUUUUAUCAAAAGACCUCUUCUCGUUUGUGUUAUGAUUCAUGGGCUGGCUGACGAGAAAGAAAGAAAAAAAUCCAAAAAAGAAUGUGUUUUCUUUGAAAAAAUCAAGAACUACGAAAUCAAAUCGGAAAUGGCUUUGAGAUGGCAAAUCAGAUUUUACAUUGUCGCCAUAUUCAUCAUAUGCAAAAAAGAUACUUUGAGUCUGGGGGACCGUACAAUGGGCAGUAUAGAGAGGCACUCAAGCCCAGUUAGACCCCGACAGCAAAUGCUCGAUCACUCGACGGGGUUGAAGACGAAACUUGAGCCGUCAUUCGACUAUUCACAGACUACCAAUGUCACGGCCCUCGUAGGCAAAACUGCCUAUCUCACAUGUCGUGUUCGAAAUCUUGGCGACAAAACAGUAUCUUGGAUGCGAUCGAGAGACAUACAUAUUUUGACUGCCGGAGGGUAUACAUACACAAGUGACCAAAGAUUUCAAGCUCUACACAGGCAAAAUUCCGGACAAAACAGUGAGUGGUCGGAAUGGACGUUAUGUAUCAAAUGGGCUCAAGAACGAGAUCAAGGGAUCUACGAAUGUCAAAUUUCGACGAUACCUCUGAUGUCUCAUCCAUUUCGACUCAAUGUUGUCGUACCCACGGCGGCGAUUUUAGGUGGACCUGAAUUAUAUGUGGGAGCUGGAAGCACAAUAAACCUUACGUGUGCGAUCCACUUUAGUUGGGAACCCCCGGCUUACAUCUUUUGGUAUUAUAACGAUGCCGUUCUAUCUUACGACAGUCCCAGGGGCGGUGUGUCAGUGAUAACCGAAAAGGGAAGCGACGUCACCACUUCAUGGCUGCUCAUUCAAGCAGCACAACCAACUGACUCCGGGGAGUACAGUUGCAAGCCAAGCAACGCCAAUACCGCAAGCAUAAGGGUCCACGUUCUCAAUGGUGAACGACCGGAAGCAAUGCAAACAGGAACUGCGGGUCCUAUUCUCUCAUCGAGUUGUCUUUUGGUGUCACUCAUCAUUUUGUACAUAUCUUCAGUGUAAUCAUAACAAAAAUAAAAACAAAAAAAAAAAAAAAAAUCAGAAGAAACUAAACCAAUAACAUGAAAAAAAUUUCGUAAGGUCAGUGAAAAUUAUUUCCAUUCGAUACUUUUGUAAUAUCAACAAAAAAAAAUUGUCAAUCAUUUUUUUUCAAAUGUAAUGGAAAUUUUUUUUUAAUUAAAAAAUUCUUCCAAGUAUGAAAUUUCUAAAAGAAAUUAUUCGAAACAACAAGAAAUCAUUAACGGAUUAGAAACUUUAAAUAUAUAUAUAUAUAUAAAAAAAUGAAGAGCGAAAUUUUUUCCAUGUGCUUUGAUGGUGAGAAAUUCCUUCAACCGCUUUUACUGUCGAUGCCACUACCGGUUUAAAAGCUUAAUCUUGCUGAGCCUCGCAAGCCCCUAGACUACUCUCAGUCUUAUGCAGGAAAACGAAAAAGGCAGAACGACAAUCCGAAUAAAAUCUACUGCGGAAACGACUCAAGGGAAAAACGUAAAAUGGCUAAUGAUCUUAAAAGUAGUUAUCUUCACAAAAGUUUCGUUCUACCUAAUACGAUUUUUUUUUUAAAUUUAUGUUUUUAAGAUUAUAAACAACAUGUUUUAUUAUUUUAUAUGAUUUAUAUUUAAUAGAUAUUUACAUUUUAUACAUUUAUUUGAUCUGUUGAAAGGGAAACUAGAAUAAAAAAAAUACUAUUUUGAUAGAAAAAAAUAAUACGUUUAUAAUGAGUUCGACAUACUUUUUUUCAAAAUUCAAAAUGACGAAUCCAAUAUGGCGGUAGAUUUUUGAAAAAUUUGACGAAUUUUCUUGACACUUGUUACAAGGUGAGUUUUAGCAAUUGUUGAAGACGAAUUUGAAAUGAGAUUCUUGAAAUUUAAAAUGGUGAAUGUGCCAUUUUGGAUUUUUAAAAAUUAACUUCAAAUUCGUAAUAAAAUAUGCCAAAAACUGCUGAAUAACAAAUUUCAAAUGAUUUCGAUCAAUUUUGAAGGAUUUUUUCGCCAUUUUGGAUCAGCCAUUUUUAAUUUUUAAAAACUGAUAUCGUAUUUAUUAUCAGCGUACUUAUUUUCAUCAGAAUCGUCAAAAAGAAGUUAAAAUCGAUUCUCUCUGAACUUUUUAACAAACCAGGAAUUUGAUUGUGUAAUUUCAUUUUGAUUUUCACUUAUACUUUGACAUUUAUCUUUUUAUUUUCACCUUUCAUUGAAAAAUUUCACUCAAAUUCAAAAUGAAAGUGACAAUGAAAAUAAAAGUGAAAAUAAAUAAUAUGAGAGAAGCAGACGCUUAGUGCCUCCAUUGCAGGGUUUUGUGGCCUGCUAAGGUUACAUUUACUACCAUGGUAACGGUUGCUAUGGUAACUGUUACCAUAACAACCAUACGAGUGUACGACAGACGGACGCCAAAGCGAAACUAUAUGGCUUUCGGGCCUGAGCCACGAAACCGUAAAAAAGUAAAAGUGAAAAUGAAAGUGAAAGUAAAAAUGAAUGUUAAAAUGAAAGUGAAACUCAAAAACAAAGCAAAAAUCAAAAUGAAAUUAAAUAAUUGCACUUCAGAACAAAUAUUUCUUGAAGAAAAAAAAAUUAGAUUUAUAAAUUUUAUUCCUCUCUCGACUCUUACUAGCAAUUGCGUGAGGUUUUGAUUGAAAAAAUAAAAAAUUUAUUCCCAAUUCUUGACGAUAGCUUUUAUUCUUCAACUUGUGACAAUUUCACAUGAUACAUUGUUUCAAAUACAUUGUUUAGUAGAUUUUUUUGUUUUUUUUUGAAAAAAGACAAAUGAAUAGAAAAUUGGCUACAGUUUCCGUUCUGGGGAAUACAACAAUGAGAGCGCAAUUCAGCCAUGUUUUUUGAUUAAUAUUGAAAGCUUUUAAUUAACCCGUAGAGGCAACGAUGGUGAAGUCAACUCUGUAUAUAGUCUCUGUAUCAUAAAUAAAAUUGUGGUCAGAGCAAACGUUACGCCGAAUGCAAGAUGAAUAUUGCCGGAUGGACUAAAACGUCGAAUAAUUUAAAGGGGUGUUGGAGGAAAGAGGGGAUGGAGAAAGGGUUCUCUUGUUGCGAUUCAACUUUCUAUUCUGUAUAGUGUCUAGUGUAACUGAACUCGUCAAGGAUUCCAGUCAGUGUGUACUUUAAAGUGGAGCUACCCUUUACAAAUAAAGAUACACCCACCCACAUACAUAUACAUAUACUGUAAUGAAUGCAACCGCGUCGUUCCCUUCGUUUGUAAUGUUAAAACAACCAUUAAAUGCUUUUCGCAAACCGUACAAUUCCGUACGUGUAUAUUUUUCCGCAGUACAAUUUCUCUCAAAUUUUAACAAUGAAUUUUUUAAUUUCUCGUAUAUAUAUAUAUAUAUAUAUAUAUAUGUAUACAUACACUGAGAAAAAAAAUUUAGUGUUUGUAACAAAAUUGUUUGGUUAGGCAAUUUUGGUUCUUGUAACCAAAUUUUCGUUAGCUGAAACAAAGUCGUAGAGUUAUCUCAACCAAACAUUUGGUUAGGCCAACAAAAUUAUAUGGUUGAACAUUUUUAAAUUCCAACCAAAAUUUGGUUACGACAACAAAAUAAUUUGGUUAACACAACAAAAUGGUUUGGUCUGAAAAACCAAAUGAUUGUUUGUUGUCAAAACCAAAAUUUGGUUGCGACAACCAAAUAAUUUGAUUCGCUCUUAGCUUAUAGUUUAAGAGAACAGUUAGUUUAACUUUCUCACAAGAAUGGGUAGUCCAGUUGACAGAGCUCCCGACUUACAGUUUUAAAACAGAGGUUCGAUCCUAGGCGGAGAUGAGAUUUUUCAAAGUCCACAAAUAUUUCAAUUGAAUAAAUAUAAAUUCAAUGUUAAAUUGAUAAUAAAUAAAUAAUGAAAUAAAUAAAAAAGAUAAAAAGAAAGAAAUAAGGUAGAAUAAAAUUUUUAAUUUUACAAAAAAAACUGUUUGAUUGAUCAACCAAACAUUUUUGUUGACCUAACAAAAAAAAUUUGAUUGAGCUAAUCAAACAUUUUUGUUAUCCGAACAAAAAACACUCAACCAAAUUUUUUGGUUGACUUAAACAAAUAGUUUGGUUGCUUAAAUACCAACAAAAUUUUUUUGUUGGCCCAACCAAAUUUUGGUUGCUUUGACUAAACAUUUUUUCUCAGUGUAUAUAUUCAAAUAUUUAAUUUAAUCUUAAAAUUUUUAAAUAUCAACGACGAUAAAUAAAUCAGUGUAUUCUAUAAGCAUGUGAAAAAAUUUUUGAUAAAAAAUGAUAUUUUGAUUACGUUGCAAGUAUAUUUACAAGUAUAAGAAAAGCUGACUUUGACAAUGUUUUGUUACUUAUAUCGAUUGAACAAUUUGUUGUGAAAAUUGUAUACCGCACAUUUUGCAUAUAAAGGACUGAUCAAUAAAAUACAAUCGAGAAUAAUGCAAUUUGUCGUUGAAGACAGAGAAAGAUCGAUUUUCUGCAUUUUCUUUUGUGGUAUGUUAAGCACGUUUUGGUGAAAAUAAUGAAAGUGUCUCAAGGGUUGAGAAAGUAUAUAUAUAUAUACAAUACCUAUAUAUAAAAGAAUACGAAAAAAAAGGAAAAUAGAGCGAAAAGAGGUAAGAAUAGCAAGGAAUAACUCCUGGGACGGAAAGAACAGGGAUAAAGCCAAAAUAAAGAACUGAUGUUAUUACACUUUCUUUUAAAAAGAAACUGGUGAGAUGUCGGGAGAUUUUUUUUGCCAUCUUAUUUCAUACAAUAGAAUAAUUUUAACGAAUCACGGUUUAACCACGACGAAAACUAAUUUUUUUUCUUUCUUUUUAUAAACAGACAGUUGAAGUUCCGUUUUUGUGAUUUAUAAAUUAAAUCAAGUAUAAAUAUUUUUAUAGAAAAUAUUUCCGUAUAUAAAUUAUUUUUCAUGUACUUAAAAUUAAAAAUGUUUUAAUUAAAAUUUUUUCUAUACAGACUAUUUGAAAUAGAAAUCAGUCAAUUUGGCAAAUUUUCUUGGUAGGUAAUUUCUUGUGCCUAAAAUGGCUAAAAUACCUAAAAGCAGUGCACGUUUUCUAGUAUCUGAAUGGCACUUUGUAGAAUUCUAAUUUCAUUCGUCCAGUGCGGUUGGACGAGCUUCGAAUUAAAUUUUCACCUGAAAUUCAAUUGAAUGUUCACAAUUGUCCUGGGAAACGUACUGUGCAACUCAAUCAAGAGAACUUUUCACAUGUUAAUAGAUAGUCCUUUAAAUAUAAUUAAAUUAACUUUUCCCUUUUUAUUUCGAUUUAAUUUUUUUUUAUCCAUGUAUCGUUUUUCUCGACUUUUGAAAGUAGAUAUAUUGCGUCAAAAAGAAUCGAAAUUGAACACUUUGUAACUAUGUACAUAUUGAAUUAUUUACACAUGAGUAAAUGUAAAUUGCAUUUCAAUUAAAAUUGAUUGAUUACAAUUUUAAAUCGAGUUUCUAAUACAAAAAUUGAUUAUCAAUUUAAAUAUUAUUAUUUUUAUUACAUUGUUUAUAACAAUAAAAAUUUAGAUUACUAUUCUAAAUUUAAUUUGAAGUAAUUUUUUUUUAUAUUGAAAUUGGAAAGCGGAUGAUUACAAUGUUUCGCGGUUAAGGCAAUUGAUAAAUAAACUUGUUGAUGAUUUAAAUCACUUGACAUUCGACGAAGCGUAUUGCUUUAAUAACAAUAAGUAUUGUACUUUGUACUAAUGCAGCGGAUGUUUUCUGCCUUAUGUAAACGAAGAAUUAAGAUUAUCGGAUUACAAAAGGGAAACUGGAACGCUGAAGUGUAAUAAAAGACGCGAAAUACUCGAGACGCUGUAGACCUUCAGACAAUGCAUAAGAAGCAUAAUCCAGUCCUGCAGUGUUAUCGUUAACAUAGAUAGGUAUUACUAUUGUAAAUAUUAUCACACGAUGUUUACUAAAUAAAAAAAAAGUAUCAAA